AUGGAGUGCUCUCGUGCUGCAUCACUUAUCGCAUCCGGAAAUGAGCAUAUUCUUGCAGCGGCCUCUGAGGACGAGCACAUUCCCUCCAAAACUCAGUCUAGUCCCAGCAGCUGCAUCAACAGCGGCAGCAGCAUCAGCCGGCAGGUCUCAAAUUCUGCCGGACUCGGUCUUUCUAGUGGCGCCAAGGCUGGUGGCGGACUGGCAGCUGCUAUCGCCUCGGCUGUUGGGUCGGCGACCCAUUUUCGCACCGCCAGGCUCACUCUGUCCGGAGGUCGGACCGAGCAGUCCGACUAA